UUUCUUGCACUAGCUAAUUUUACAUUCAGAAUGAUUGCUAAGGUAGUUUUCUUAUGCGCUGCAUUUGCAGCAGUCACUGCGACUGGAUAUGUCUCCCCAGCAAUCUACGGAACUGGACUCGCUCUGAAAGCACCUGCUGCACCGAUUCUUGCAGCUCCUCUUCUUUCUCGGUCAGUCAUCGCCUCCCCUGCUUCUUAUUCCAUCCAGCGUUCUGUCGUCAGCCAUGGAGUUUCUCCAGUUGCCGUCGCAGCUGCACCUCUCACCUACACUGCCUUAGCUAAGGUAAGCAAGAGGCACUGCCUACUGCCUCUUGCUUACACAACAGUAGCCAAAACAGCUCCUGUCGCUUAUGGUGCCCCAAUUCUUAGCCAUACUGGACUUUUAGGAGCAGCACCACUGGCUUACUCUGAUAUUUUAGGUCAUGGUCUUGCCUAUACUACUGGAGCUGGACACAGUGUAACUUACACCUCUGGACUUGCUGGACAUGAUCUUGCUUACGGGUCUGGUGUUCUCGGCCUAAGCAAGAUUGGCUAUGGAAAGGUCUUGCUGUAGAUACUAUGGAAAUACUAGUCAAAUUAUGAGAAUAAAUGUGUAAAUGUGAUAUGUUAGCAAAGUUUUCAAAAUCAGUACCUUUCUAUUAAUAUCCACCUGUACAGACGUAAAACAUUUUCGGAAGUAAACUGUUGUUUAAAAUA